CGCAUUCUUAUUUGCACGUUUCUUUUGCUUUUUGAAGUGCUGCAUCGUUCUAGUGCAUCAUGUCGUCAAAUUGCCCUGGCACCCCUGCCAAGCGCAGUCAUGACGCGUCCAUCAAUGUAACCGAGAUUGUGCAACAACGCCUCGAAACAGCCUCCGGGGAAGACUGGGAGCGACUUAGACUAUGCUGGGGCUACCUCGAUUGCGGAGAUUGCCAUAGGAGCAAGGGACAUUGCGGUUGGUGUGCAAUUUCUUCGACAUGUCUUCCUCUCCCCACAGACACAUUAUCAAAAACCUUUCCCCUUCUCUCCCCUCUCCACCACGACUCCAUCUGCGCGCUUCGCAGCGAGCGCUUCGAGCUGCGAACGGCAGGUUUAGGCUGCCAGGUAUCCACCAUCACAUUUUUGACAUCCCUAGUCACCAUCUUUUGUACGCUGUUUAUCGUUUCUUUCCUCUACUGGCUGUCCAAAUGCAUGCAACUGGUUCUGUUGGGUGCGAGGGCGCGCAAAGGCGGCUAUGUGGUGCAUGAAGACGGGAGUGGGGGCGUAUGGGUGAGGAGAAGCGAGGGAUGGGGAAGGUGGUGGCGAAGGACGAGGGGGGAGCCGAGAGAGUUUGAAGUAGAAGAGAUUGACGACGGGACUGGGCGCCGGGGAUGGGUUUGGUGGGAUAAUAGGGUUGGAGAGAGAAGGCCGUUGCUGCGCUGAUGGACCGCGCUUGGGUUUAUCAUGGUAAGAGGAAGAGCAACGCAGAGUAUGUGGGUGAUUGGGCGUUGCGAUUGGAUGCAAGAGUUCAUUAGAUUGCCAUCUCGACUACCAUAUUGAACAACGAGGAACUGAAUAUUGUCAAAGACAAGGUACC